AUGCGGUCUUUCUUCUUGAGUGUGCUCUACGCCGUGUUGUUUUUGGGCGUGAUUACCUCGGCCUGGCCAUGGGAUGGGCUGUUGGCCGAGCGGGGUGACACCCUGGACAGGCGAGCAGACUCAACUACCACCGACGCUGCCACUACCGGUUCGGGUACCACCGAUGCAACCACCGCUGCCUCUACCUCCUCCGACUCUUCUGCCUCCGGAACCUCCACUGGAACCAACACCGAUGCCACGACCACGGGAACUGGAACUGGAACUUCAACGGGUACCAGCACUGGCACCAACACCAAGAGCAAUACCAAGACCAAGACUACUGCGACCUCUUCCAUCUCAAUUGACCCUGCCGCUGGUGCUGGAGGUAUCUCGAUGAUUACCCCGGCCGCUACCUCUACCACCUACUUCAAGGUCGGAUACAACGCAACCUUCGUAUGGAACUAUACCUCGCUCUCGGUCACCCCUUCUGCCAUCGAUGUCGUCGCCUCCUGCAGCUUGAACAGUCAGACCUAUACCCUCACCCAGAACAUGAGUGUGGACCCUACCGGCACAUACAUCUGGGACACCGACAAGUAUCAGGCGUCCCAGACGAUCUCCCUGCUGACUGCCACCUACACCCUAUUCGUGUUCGAUGCGGACAAGUCACUCGACGACACUGCCGAGGCAGGCUACCUGAGUGGAUCGGUUGGAUACAGCUUCGGAAUGUACCGCAGGGAGUCCUACACUCCUCUCAAUGAAUUCAAAUGUGCCACCUGCAGCGGUGCCAUCUCCGAUGUCCAACGCCAAGGCCUCAAAUUCGCCGUGGGCAUGGCCCUCAUCACCAUUCUCUCCUUCACCUGGUUUGUCGGCGGGGCUGGUCUUCUCUCUUGA